GGGGUCCCUAUCAAAAAUAUUUAUGGGGAGGAAUUCGUUAUUGCCUCUCUCUUGCCCUAAAAAAUCGCAAAACUAUCUCCCUCGUUCGAUUAUCGAUCCCUCCCAAGCUCACCCAACUCUGAGCCAGAAGCCAGCCAUUCGGCCUGCCUUUUCCUCGCUGUGCAGCUCGAUUCCCGUAGAAACCACUGAGCUGCUUCUCAUGUCGCAGAGAUUUGCGCCGAUGGGUCUGCUCGAGAAUGCUGGCAACUGAGUCGCAAUCGAAAAGAAUGAGGCAUAGAGAACCACCAAAGUUUCCUUGUGAAACUGAGGUAGAGCUAGACAGAAUAAGCGGCUUGCCUGAGCAUGUUCUGCACCAAAUUCUGUCACAUCUCUCCAUUAGAGAUGCUGUGAGAACGAGUAUCUUGUCUUCGAAAUGGAGGUACAAGUGGACAACUCCCAGUCUUGUGUUUGACAGCAACUGCAUUUCAUCUCCUUCUCAAGACCAGGCUCUUAUUAAGAACAAACUAGUUAGCGUUGUUGACCACGUCCUGCUGCUCCAUCGUGAACCCAUUCACAAGUUCAAACUCUCCCACCGUGAAUUGGUAGGUGUUACCGACAUCGACCGAUGGAUUCUCCAUCUGUCGUGGCGCUCGGUCAAGGAGUUCAUCCUCGAGAUAUGGAAAGGGACUCGGUACAAGAUCCCAAGUUGUCUGUUCUCUUAUCAGAAUUUGAUCCACUUGGAGCUUUUCAAUUGCUUGCUGAGACCGCCUUCUAGCUUCAAGGGGUUUCGGAAUCUCAAGAGUCUUGAUUUACAACAUGUUACUCUUGCCCAGGAUGCGUUUGAGAAUCUAAUUACUAAUUGCCCUUUGCUCGAGAGGCUAACUCUCAUGAAUUUUGAUGGUUUCAGUCAUCUCAAGAUCAGUGCCCCAAACCUGCAGUUCUUUGAUAUUGGUGGUGCCUUUGAUGAUGUGAGUUUUGAGCAUACUUUUCAGUUGACUCUUGUUUCCAUUGGGUUGUAUGACCGGAAUGUGGCAUUGAGUGGAAGCUCGAGCAAACUGCUCAGUUUCUUUGCUAAUCUUCCUCAUAUUCGAAGGCUGGAGGUUCAGAGUUACUUUCUCAAGUACUUGGCCAUGGGAAAUGUGCCAACCAGGUUGCCAAAACCAUGUAUCGAUCUGAAUUACCUUUCGAUACGCGUAAACUUCAACGAUAUGGAUGAGAGUGCUGCUGCUCUGUGCCUCCUGAAAAGUUCACCUAAUCUGCAAGAAGUAGAGAUGCUGGCUCGCCCGGAAGAACAGUCGGGUGGAAGAACAAUAAACAUUUCCUGGGAAGAUGAACAUUGGACUAAUCUGUUGCUCCAAUUGCGAUCAGUGAAGAUAGUUGGCAUCUCUGGAGUUCAAGCUGAACUCGACUGCAUAAAGUUUCUGCUCUCGAACUCGCCUGCCCUGGAGAGAAUGACCAUCAAGCCGAUAUCGGUCGAUGGAGGAUGGGACUUGCUCAAGGAGUUGCUUCGUUUCAGGCGGGCGUCUGUUCUAGCAGAGAUUAUUUAUCUAGACCCAUAAACUGCUGCUGCUAAAACGUAUCGCUGUUCUUCUGGAACAGGGUAUAAAAUUUGGAAAUGUGUGAAUAAGACUCUGUUAAGCUCGAGAGAAGAGUGUGCGGUUUAUGGGCCAUGAGUUCUUGUCAAAGAAUAUGUCCUUUCACGGUGGUCAGGGACUAGUUUCAGCUACCAGUUAAAUAAAAAGUUUUUUUUUUUCUUUUCCAACUUAAGCUUAUAACUUAUUGUUUAUGAAUUACCGACCUGUUUCAGCUACAAGUUAAAUUAAAAUGUUCUGUUCAAC